AUGGCGCGGCAACAUCCGGGCGGACCUGAGUUGGACCUGAGCCAUGGCAGGCGAGCCAAGCGCACGCUUGGCAACUGCCCCUUCUGGCUUGCCAGCAUUGCCCUGUACUUUGCGACAGGGCGGGCGUCGACCUUCUACGACGAGCUCACUGGGAAUUAUCUGUCACAGGCUCUGCUUGAUACCGUGUGCGACCUACGUCAAAGGCCCCAACCGCCUCUCGGCGUCCAUGUGCUCAGCGUCACGAAUCAGACGCACGCCUCCCAGCUACGAUACAGUGCUACGCUUUCGUGUAUCGUCCUGUGGGUGUACGGUCUGCGUUAUGUUGUCGGUGACUCCAAGGCUGCCGGUAAGCACCAGUUUGCCAUCAAAACUAUGUGUGUGGUCAAGGGCCGCAUCCAGUUCGGCUGGGAUCCGGACAUCAACGGCCCCGUAAACAUGGAUCCCGUCGACCGUACUGCCUGUUCAGCCGCCAUCGCAGCGCCCCGCCCUCUUCUUACCCUGCGUGACUGUCCCAGCAUUCCCCACGCUAUCGCCUACCCAAGCCCAUCCCAGUAA